AUGGAAUACUUCGACCGCAAAUCCUCAAAGUGGAAUAUUUUAGACUUCUUGAACGCGUCAACCGACAUAGAACCAUUCGACUUAAAAAUUGACUUUUACAUAAAAACUCUCGAACGUAUCUUCGACCACGAGCAAGGAUCCCGGAAGCAAAGAGCGCGAGCUCUUCUUGACGAUUACAGAAAGGGAAGUGGCUUACUGGGUUGCCUGAUGUUUAAGGUUACUGGCUGGCCUGGCACUGGUCCAAUCGGGGCACAGGGAGCUUACUGGGAUGGUGCCACUAGUGAUAGAGAACUCGCUAAAAAUUGGGAAAUGGCUCGUAGAAAUGGACCCUCAGUCAACAUUCUGAAUUCGACCGUUUUAGGAAGCGGAACUAUUUAUGGCGGGACUACCAACGGUGGAAUUUCCAAUAUAGAUAUAUCUAAAAAAAGACAUUUAGAAAAGGACGUUCGUAAAGAUCUAGCAAAAAGGACGAAAAUAAACUCAAAUAUGGACGGGAAAAUAGAUGAAUUUUUUUCCCCGGUCUCUCAACGUGAUCAAGAUCACGAAAACAUAAAGAAUAACCACGUUAAUGAGGAAUCUACCGUUACCUUAGAACCUUUUGUUUCCGGAGAAGAGUUAGAGGAGAAUCUUCUACAAGAAAAUCCUGGUGCAACUGUAGAUUUCAAACUCAUUAUAGAUAACAUCUGUAUCCGGUCAGAAAUGGAGAAAUGGCGUCAAACAUCAAAAUACAUUGAAGAGAUUCAUAAACAGGACUUAUUGCGCUACAAUAUUAUUGAUACAAUCAGUUCAUCCGGGACAAAAGCACGAGGGCUCUUUAAACAUCAAUGGAACAAUAUAAUUAACAAUAUAGAAAAGAUUUUGGUGUCUCCAGAUACAACUCUUCUAUCUUCAGAUUUCGACUCCGUUUCAGAUUCAGCUAAUCAAGAUAUGGAACAAGAUGGACGAGCGGAUGACAUCAAUCAAUAUUGA